UGGAAGUACUUUUUUGGUUUGCUGGUUCACUCAGUAUUUAUCUUAAAGAUCAUAGAAGGUCGAUAUAGGUUUGUCGUCGUGUCAGAUAAAUCUAAACCGGUAAUGUAUUUACUCUCAGCGACCAAGGACAUCGAGCUUUGAAUUAACAAACGACUUCAUGAACGUUUUAAACGAUUAACGAUAUAAACGCGGCCCUAUUGGUCGCGUCUUCUUGUAAGUGAACUGAAGCUUACCCACCUAGCAACACCGUCCGUAACUUAUUGAUGCCGUGAAUUAAGUUGGUGAAAAGCCCAUCCGAAGUGAGCAAAGAUCAUUGUUUUAGCAGAUUUAGUCUACAUAUUCGGUUUCAGUGGUCCCGGAGGUUCUGAUAGUAUUAGGCUACUAUUUUUGGUCAAUAGCCUGACCCAAAAUACAAUGGCAGCCUCAGCAACUGCCCGGCGAAUGCCAAUGGGUGUGCGGACAUUUAGUGAAUUACUAGAGAUUGCUGUCGGCUUGGGUCGCUCACCUACUCACACCGCGGGGUCAAGAGAACAUACGAGACAGACCAUCAGACACUUUUCAUCAUGUGGCAUUGUAAUGACCAGGACACCCAGACUGCUUUGCCACCAGCAAAAGAUGGACUCAAUGUCAUCAGUUCCCCUCAGCAGAACCUUCAUGGGCUUCACCAACAAGAGGAAGGAGUACUCAGAGCGGAGGAUACUGGGGUAUUCUAUGCUGGAGAUGUAUGAAGUGGUAGCCAACGUAGAUGACUACAAACUCUUUGUACCCUGGUGUAAGAAGUCCGAGACCAUCAUGAAGAGGGCAGGCCACUCCAAAGCCCAGUUGGAGGUGGGCUUCCCACCCAUCGUUGAACGAUAUACAUCCAUGAUCAGUGUGGUGCGUCCCCACAUGGUUAAAGCCGUUUGCACAGAUGGAACACUUUUCAACCACCUAGAGACGAUAUGGCGCUUCAGUCCAGGCAUUCCUGGUUAUCCUCGCACCUGCACUGUGGAUGUCUCGAUCUCGUUUGAGUUCCGUUCCCUGCUGCACUCCCAGCUAGCCACAAUGUUCUUUGACGAGGUGGUCAAGAAGAAUGUGUCCGCCUUUGAGCGUCGGGCCUGUAAGCUCUACGGCCCGCAAACUGUCGUCCCGCGGGAGUUAAUGUUCCAUGAGGUUCAUCAGACAUGAGGUCCAAACCUUUCCGGCCCCUUCAGCCUGGCUGUCCCCUUAGCACGUAGCUGGAGCGACUUGACUCUACACCACCCAGCCCCACCAACCACUUCUACUCUCCACUACGACCCAGACGCCGCUAGCCUGGUUUCAGAACUGUGCCGUCUUGCCCAGUCCGAUGGUCCCUCUUAUUGUGACAGACAGCGACUCUGAGAUCAGCUGAUCUGCGACCAGGCUAAUCUGUCAGUACUGUACCCUCUUCAUAUUAAGGACCAAUCUGGCAUCUACCUCUUUACGAGGGGUUACUCUUCUACACAGGACCCUUGUUGCAGUGAUGAGUGUGCAAGAGCAUAGCAAUGGCCACUUCACAAAUUGGAAUACAUAAAAAGAAAAAAGAAAUCUGUGAAUGAACAUAACUUAAAGAAUGAUGUGGACAACUUUGAGUCUAACAUACAGUUCUAUGGGCUCAGGUUUCUGAGUGGGAGCAGAUUUGUUACACUUCCAGUACUUUGUUGCCACAUUCUAGUCCUCUAAUUAUGUCAAAUUCAUUUGUGUUUAACAUUUGUUUUAAUUUACAGUAUGGUUUAUGCCAAGAAUAGCCUUUUAUUUGUUUUUAAGUUAUUGAGAUAUUAUAUUAUACAUAUUUUUAAAAUUGGCAUAUUUUUAAAAAGCUACCUGCUUUUCUUCACCAUUUUGUCCGCAGAGAGAAUGUUGUCCAAGAGUUUUUUUUUGUUGUUCUUUUUUUUUUUUUGGGAUAGAAAAAAUAUUUUGCACAUUUUAAGUAGUACUUUCAAUGUUGAGCAACCUAACUAUACUGUGAUUAGGGUUGGCAUACUGCAGGUCACAUACCAUUUGAAAAACAAUGGAUUUCAGCAACCGAAGAAUAGUCUGCAUUUACCAAAGGACUGUGUCAUAUGUUAGAUGCGGACAAUUCCUAUUGUUGAGUAGGUAUGUAUAUAUGGAGAUAAGUACCUUGAGUAUUCUGUAACGUGUGUCAAGGCGGGCUGCUUAGAAGGUUCAUAAAUUAAACCAGUUUUAUUGCAAUAAUUAUUUAUGCAUGAAAGAUAUGGCUACCUGUGAAGGACGUUUUCUUUUGUGUGUGCUUUUGUGGAUGUUGAGUGUAUUGUAAAUAAAGAUACUAUAGCUGGAA